CACAAGGUCCUGGGUUCAAUCCUCAGCACCUCUGUUAAAAUAAAUAAAUAAGUAAACCUAACUGUCCAACCCCCCCAAAAAAUUUUUUAAGUGAUUUAAGUAUUGUAAAGCCCUGUGCAUAUAUCUGCAGAGUUAUUGCUGUUACUGCAGACACCAGAAAGAGCUGUUUGAACUCUGACUUCACCUGUCCUUAUUUCCAGGGUUGGGGUCUGCCCUCCAGCCAACAUCAGAGAGGCCAGGGGGCUCUUCCGUCCAUCUCCCUGAAUGACUGUUUCACUCACCUCAGACCUUGCCAACCCAAGAUGCUCACUCCAGAGAAGUGGGAGGAUGCGGACUGGGGCUCAGCUGAGGCCAGCUCCCCAGUGGGAGGCGGGAGUGGUUGGAAUGGGAGGACCGGCGUCGGGCCGCAGCCCAGCAGUGCCGGAGCCAAAGGCGCCCGGCAAGUUCCCCGGCCGGCCUGACUAGGCCGCGCCGCUCCUGCCGCGACCCAGCUGUGCACAAUGCCUUGUUCUCCGGCGACCUGCAACAGAUCCAAGCCCUGUUCCAAGAUGAAGACGCUGCCAACAUGAUUGUGGAGACUGUGAGCAACCAACUGGCCUGGUCAGCUGAACAGGGGUUCUGGGUGCUGACCCCAAAGGCCAAGCAUACGGCACCCCUCACCAUCGCCGCGGCCCGAGGCUACACCGACUGUGCCCGCUACCUGAUCCGACAGGGAGCUGAGCUGGAUGCCCGUGUUGGGGGCCGAGCAGCCUUGCACGAAGCCUGUGCCCGGGCCCAGUCUGACUGUGUGCGGCUGCUGCUGACCUUCGGUGCCAAGGUCAACGUGCUGUCUGAGGAGGGCACAACCCCCUUGCACCUCUGCACAGCUCCGGAGUCUUUGCAGUGCGCCAAGAUGCUGCUGGAGGCAGGAGCGACCGUGAACUUGGCAGCGGGGGAGAGUGAGGUGACACCCCUACAUGUGGCGGCGGUGCGUGGCCUGGAGGAGCACGUGGCUCUCUACCUGGAGCACGGCGCCGACGUGAACCUGCGCACCAGCCAGGGCGAGACGGCCCUGAACGCCGCAUGUGCGGGGGCCGAGGGCCUGGACAGCCGCCAGCAGCACCAGGCCACUGCGCGCCGGCUCCUGGAGGCCGGGGCUGAUGCCCGGGCGGCCGGGCGCAAGCGCCACACGCCACUGCACAAUGCCUGUGCCAACGGCUGUGGGGGCCUGGCCGAGUUGCUGCUGCGCCACGGGGCCUCCGCCGCAGUCCCCAAUGGGGCGGGCCACACACCCAUGGACCUCGCGCUGCAGGCCGUCCAGGAUGCCCCCAGCUGGGAGCCCGAGGUCCUCUUUGCCGCUCUGCUGGACUAUGGGGCCCAGCCUGUGCGCCCUGAGAUGCUGAGACACUGUGCCAACUUCCCUCGGGCCCUGGAAGUCCUGCUUAACGCCUACCCUUGUGUCCCAUCCUGUGAUACCUGGGUCGAGACAGUGUUCCCAGAGCUGUGGCAGGAGCAUGAAGCCUUCUACAGCUCAGCCCUGCGCAUGGUGAACCAGCCGAGGCGGCUGCAGCACCUGGCCCGGCUGGCUGUGCGUGCUCAGUUGGGUAGCCGCUGCCGACAGGCCGCCACCUGCCUCCCGCUGCCCCCGGUCCUCAAGGACUACCUGCUGCUGCGUGUGGAGGGGCGUAUCCAGUGAACCCCAUGCCAGGCUGCUCCCGGAGCUUGUUGUGCCACCUCCCCCUAACCCUGGAGGACCAGUCCCUGACCUUCUUGUCCACACUCUGCAAGUCCUCUGGGGCCAGCUCAUCCCUCUCCUGAGUGACCUCCAGCCUGACCUGAACUUCAGCUCCUCUCUCCACUGGGAAGGUCUGCAGACUCAGCCUUUGCCUGCAUCUUCCUCCUUUGCCUAAGUGGAUGACAGCCCCUCCACCAUGCAGUCCCCAAGCCAGGAGGAAGUGAUCCUUGUUGCUCCCCUUCCCCUACCAUCCAUGUACCUGUUCAGCCUCCUAAGGAGUGACAGAUUCUGCGACUAACUGCACUCUCAGUGCCCGACCUGCCUUUGUCACUUCAAGGAAGAACCUCACCUACUGGUCUUGAAACCCAUGCCCUGCGAGGAUGUUGGAACAGUCUUUGGGAAUCACAACUCUGAUCAUGACCUUCAGUGGCUCCUCCCUACCUUCAGGCUAAAAUCGAAACUCAGCAGGGCAGACAGCUUCCAGCCUCUGCCUUCGCCAAGCUCUCUGGCCUCCUGACCCCACCUUCUCCCUUCUGAGGCUCCUAUAAUCCAGCCUUAGCAAACUAGUUCCUGAUUGCUGGAUAUGACCUGCUCCCCUUUGCUUCCAGGCGUCUGCAUGUGCUGUUCCCUCUGCUUGAUCUGCCCUUCCCACAUUUUUUGCCCUGGUCAAUGCUGAUUUGAUCCUCAAGACUCAGUCCAAACGCACUAUCUCCGCAGAGCCUUUUUUGGACAAUCCCAGCAAGUAGCUAUCUUUGGUAUCGUACUUAUUUAAUUAGGAACCUGUGUCUGCCUCAAGCAUGCGGAGACUGAGACUAUAUUCUUUGAACAGGCAUUUCAGUAAAUGAUGGUUGAGGGAGGAAUGAAAGCAUGAUGCCCGAGACCCAUUUAUGGUUGUGUCCCCCCCCAGGCUAGUCAUGCACGCUUUUUUUUUUUUUUUCAUACAUACUGGGCGGGGAAAGGGAUGGGAAGUGUUAAAUUUGGGAAUUUGAGAUUUAAAAAUGUUAGCCACUAUAUAUAAA